AUGGCUACACUACUACAAGCUAAAAUUAAAGAAACUACCUCUUUCGAUAAUAGUGUACAUAGUAUGAAAAGGUACACGAAGUUAAAACCAAUUCACGAAUCGCCAAAUGAAAUUAAUUCUGACACGUCAAUUCAAGAACAUCUAUUAAACCUUACUUAUACAAGUCAAUAUUCACCAGAAUCAACCAUUUUAACGACAAAUACAAUUAAAAGUGAUAAUAUUAUAAGUCCAAAAAAGUCAAAAUUGAAAGAAAUUUGGAAUAACUUUUUCGCAAAUGUGGGGAACUUAUUAGAAAAUUUUGAAUUGAAAUUUUAUGAAAACUUCUGGUUAUUUGUAUUAUAUUUAAAUUUUUGGUUUCCAAAAUUAGCUAACCUCAUAACGUAUGUUGGAUUUACUCACUAUGAAGUUUUUCCUCUUCCAUUAUACUAA